AAUACGAUGUCUAGCUAAUUUUCUAUUAAAGAAAUCGUUUUGGAUCAAACAGUAACAUGCAUAUUUCAAUUUUCGAAAAACAGAUUCCACAACUAAAACACUCCCAGUUUAUUCAAUUUUCUAUUCUUGAUCAGAUCAGAGAAACAAAAGCUGGAAAAGAAAUGGCCGGAAGUAGCAAUCAAGAACCAACGUUAGACGAUUAUAAUGAAGAAGCAAUGGUUAGAGGACAAGCUGAAUUAUGGAACUGCAUAUUCGGCUAUGUGCAAGCCAUGGCAUUAACGUGCGUAGUUCAACUAGGCAUUCCUGAUAUUAUCAACUCUCACGGCCGCCCUCUCUCCAUAUCUUCCAUUGUAGAACACAUUAAUCACCCUUCCUUAAACUCCGAUCGCCUCUCGCGAAUCAUGACAUUUCUAGCUCGUAAACGUAUUUUCACUGCCAAACCGGACCCCGAAACUACUACUAUUUUAUACGGGCUCACAAACUCAUCGAAAUGGCUACUACGCGAUUCGAAGACGAGCCUUGCGCCUAUGGCGCUCCUGCAAACUACUCCAAUCAUGCGAUCACCUUGGCAAUAUCUUACUGACAUUGUCAAAGAAGAAGGAACCAGUGCGUUUGCAAAAUCUAACGGUUUAGAUUUGUAUGAUCUUAUUGCAGUGAAUCCGGAGUUUAAUGGUUUAUUCAGUUCAGCUAUGGAUUCUUCAUCCAUGGUUACUUUAGAAGCUGUGAAGAGCUGCUAUAAAGACGGGUUCGUUGGAAUUAAUUCUAUUGUGGAUGUAGCUGGCGGGACUGGUGCUAUGAUUGGUGAGAUUGUGAAGGAACAUCCGCAUAUUAAAGGUAUUAAUUUUGAUCUUCCACAUGUGGUGGCUGUAGCACCUGAGUACGCCGGAGUCACCCAUGUUGGCGGCGAUAUGUUUACAAGCAUUCCUCCGGCUGAUGCCCUCAUUUUGAAGUGGAUAUUGCACAACUGGAACGAUGAAGAAUGCAUUAAAAUCUUGGAAAAUUGCCGGAAAGCUAUGAGCAAGAAAACGGGAAAGCUUAUAAUUAUAGAUGCAGUGUUGAAGGCAGAAGGAGAUGGGCUAUUUGAUGACAUGGCAUUCACAUUUGAUUUAACGAUGAUGGUUUUAUGCAAUGCUAAGGAAAGAAAUGAAGCUGAUUGGAAAAAACUGCUCGAACAAGGAGGCUUUCCUACCUAUAAAAUUAUUCAAAUUCCAGCCUUAUUAUCCAUUAUCGAAGCUUACCCACAAUAAUAAUGUGUACAUUAAUGAUAGGGUAUUCGAUCGUAAGUUCCGGAAAUUAGGAGUCGAAUUCUAUAUCGCACGAGUAUUAUUUAUGGAACAGGUCUAGAUUAGAAUUUCUCUAAUAUAUAUCCGUGUUCUCUAUACAUAUGUAUAUAUAUCAUCCAAAAUUUACCUUGUUUAUUAUGGAAUUCUGCUUUAUGCAA